CGAUAAAUUGGAUGCGCCCAAAUGGCAGAGCUACCAUUACUGAUUUGAAUAUCUAGCGAAUUUUAUUCAUGCUCGAAGGACAGGACAGAUCCUGACCGAUGUAACUUCUUCUUGUGGGCGGACGAGAUUUUUCCGGCCACAGCUCUAGAAGAAAGGACUGCAGGGAAAAUUACUCAAGAUACGCCCUCAACUCCUUCGAGAUGGUCAGAGCCGUCUAGUUCCACAUAAGCGCCAUCUCUAUUGUCAAAUUCUCCGGCAGAACCUCCAGAGAAUAGCAUAUAUGCGCUAUACCUGGAGCGUGAAGGCUAUCUGAAGCAGCCCUCUCCUCGGCAUCACUGGCCGGCGUAGGUGCGACUGCUUUUGGGCUGCUUGUCUCGUCUCACCAGUGAAAACCUAUACAGUCAAGUUCUAACACCAUUUCAGGGCUCCGAUGGUGAUAUCCUACGCUUUACGAAAUCUUUCCAUCUACAAUGCUAACGGGAUACCGCUGAGCAUCAGGUUCAGCCCAUUUGCUACCGGGCACAUCGCAGGGACUACUCCUCCCCGCAAGACAUGUGGGCCCUGAUUAUCAUUAUGGAACAAGUUACCCUGUAUCAUGCAGCCCCUCUUCGUGCACUGGCGCUGCCUCAGAUGGGUCUGGCACUCUCGCCGGCACCAGUCUAGCCUCCUCUGUUGCCACCUUGUCUGCACCCGCUACAAGCUCCGAACGCACUCGCGGAGGCAUCCACCACCUGCCCUGUCUCCCGCCAGAAAGAGCCGACAGACAUACUAGCAAGCCUACGCACCUCAGAGUGGCACUCUCUCCAACAAUACGGAGCUCAAAGCUCAUGAGCCGUGAUUUAGUUGGCCAUACACCACCACAAAGUGGUGCAGAACCGCACGCGGUACCAUCCCCGAGUAUCACAUCAUCUGCCGACACACUUGCUGCGCAUUUGGAAGCAUUGGCGGGCAUCCCGGCUUGCAUUCGUAAGCUGGAACGGAAACACGCAGCAUCAGAAAAGAGCAUUCGCAUGAAAAGUAAGAGGAUCACCGAGCUCGAGGCAGAAGUCCGUCGCCUUGAGGCCGAGAACGCGCAACUCCAGGCAAAGCUCAGCUCAAGAUACUGA